AUGCUCAUCACCGGCCAGGGAACGCGAGAAGUCCCGGCAGGGAGACGUGGGGCCUCGGCAGGACGAUGCCAGAGGAACGGCAACGGCGAAGUUUUACCGUCGUGCUGCCUGCUCCCCGAGGGCCGAGCUGGCUUGGCGUUGGGCCGCGGCGGUGCGUCCGAGCCUGGUGGUCAGGGCACGGCUCUCUCUCUAUGGGCGUCUUUGAUAAACGCGUGCCUGGACGCUCGCGCUACGGAGGCUCCCGUCCGACGCGUGGCCCGACGCGUGGUGAAGUCCCCGGGAGGUGCACGGCCGCGGCGCUCGGGGCAGAGCCACGGGGCCUGCGUGCGCCCCGCGUCCUGGUGCCCCGUGUCCUGGCAUCCUGCAUCCUGCUGUUCCUCAUCCCAGCAUCCCGCAUCCCAGCGCCCUGUGUCCCAGCACCCUGCAUCCCAGCACCCCAUAUCCCAGCAUCCUACAACCCAGCAUCCUGUGUCCCAGCAUCCCACAUCCCAGCAUCCUGCAUCCCGGCACCCCACAUCCCAGCGCCCCGUGUCCCAGCAUCCUGCAUCCCGGCACCCCACAUCCCAGCGCCCCGUGUCCCAGCAUCCU